AUGGUUGCACAAGCUUCUGGUGCUGCUGUUCCACCUGAUAUGAUUGAUUCUCCUCAAUUUUCAAGAGGAGGAAAAAAGAAACAACGCGGCCAGACAUCCUCAUGGAUGUCGGCUGCGAAGUCGAAAGCGACUGGUACUCUACGACGAACUUUGUUUGGAAAGCCUUCAAAAUCGGCUUUGCGUGCUAGAGAUGCUGAAGAUGUUAUCGAAGAGGAAGAUUAUACUUCAUCGAAUUAUGACACUGUCCGUUCUCUGCCUGCUUCUGGUCACUAUGGCGGGAGUAGAGUAGGGCACCUACAUGUGAACUUAUCUAGCGAUGAACGUUUAAACUUACCUCCUGCCCCUCCGGUCAUCAUCUUGAAGCUUCCUAAACGAAGACAGAGUCAGCCCUCUCGUAUAUCCCCGAGUAAUCGAGCACAACAUGCUCAGCCUGAUCCAGUAUUCGACUUUCAAGCAUGGCAUUCUUCUCUCGAUGAUAAUUGUCAAGAUGCCGUUUAUUCACUGUUCAUGAGAGCUCAUAAAUGUUAUGAUCUUAUACCAACAUCGACUAAACUAGUUGUGUUUGAUACUCACUUACCGGUUCGUAAAGCUUUCUUUGCUUUGGUAUACAACGGUGUCCGUGCUGCUCCCUUGUGGGACAGUGGCCGACAGAAGUUUGUUGGUAUGCUAACAAUUACGGAUUUUAUCAAAAUUCUUGUUAGGCACUAUGAUGCGGGAGAUACAGGAGAAAAAAUGCGUGCGCUUGAAGAAGAAGAAAUUAGUCAUUGGCGAGAGCAGUUCGCACAGGACGGUUGCUUGAGACCCCUCGUUUCGAUUGAUCCUAACGACAGUCUUCACCGAGCUGUCCAAGUGCUUUGCGAAUCAAAAGUACAUCGUUUACCAGUUUUAGACCGAACAACAGGAAACAUCAGUUACAUUUUAACGCACAAGCGUUUGAUGAAAUUUUUGUCACUUUAUAUGUACGAUUUACCAAAACCACCAUUUAUGGAUAAGUCACCACGCGAAUUGGGCAUUGGUUCUUGGGGAGAUAUUCUCACGAUCAGAUGCGAUACACCUCUUCAUGACGCGUUAGAGAUUUUCUUGAAGAACAGAGUAUCAGCCUUGCCUCUUGUAGACGAAAGUGGAAGGGUCGUUGAUAUUUACGCUAAGUUUGACGUGAUCAGCUUAGCUGCAGAGAAAUCUUAUGAUAAGCUGGAUUGCACUGUGCAAGAAGCUUUGGCUCAUCGAUCUGAUUGGUUUGAAGGUGUGCAAUGCUGUCGAGCAACUGACUCUCUGUUCUCGGUUAUGGAAGCAAUAGUUAAAGCCGAAGUCCAUCGUUUAAUAGUGACGGAUGAAGAUAAAAAAGUUGUGGGAAUAAUAUCUCUCUCGGAUAUUCUGAAGUAUUUGGUUUUGGAUCCUGUUCUUGUUGAAUCACAGCCUGCUUCGAACACAAGAGAAGAUAGUCCGGUAGUCGACGACAUUCCUGAAGGAAUUGAGGACUAG